GUUAUGCUAUAUGUUUAGCAGCUGCAUUCUUCCUUGACAUUGCAAUUUAUUCCCAAUUCAUGUUGACAGAUUUACAAGUGUAUUCAAUUUAGAUCAGAACUCACAAUGGCAGAUCCCAACACUCGACUCCCUCUUAAUCGCCAAUCAGUUCUCGAUGCUCACGAACUUAUUAAACCGCAUAUUCAUUAUACCCCAGUUCUCACAAAUAAGACAAUUGAUGAUAUAGCGAGCACACCACAGACUGCGGAUGCAUUGAAGGGAACAGAGUGGGAAGGAAAGGAACCUGCGAAGCCAAAAAUUAGACUAUGGUUUAAAUGUGAGAAUCUACAGAGAGUGGGCGCAUUCAAAGUUAGAGGGGCCUUUCAUGCAUUGAAGAGGUUAGAGGAGGCAGAAGGAGGGGUCGAAGCUGGACAUGGAGAGGGAGGUUGGAGACAGAAGGGUGUGGUAACACAUAGUAGUGGAAACCACGCACAAGCACUCGCACUCGCAGCCCGUGAACUCGGCAUCCCAGCUCACAUCGUCAUGCCCACUAUCUCGACCCCCUCCAAAAUCGCAGCGACGAAAGGUUAUGGCGCAAAUGUUAGAUUCAGCGGGUCGACAUCGGUAGAGCGCGAAGCAAUGGUUGAAGAAGUCAUCAAGGAAACGGGCGCAAGACUUGUGCCGCCAUAUGAUCAUCCGGAUAUUAUGGCUGGGCAAGGAACCUUGGGUUUGGAAUUGGCGGAACAGGUUAGACAGUUGCAAAGUGAGAAGGGGAUGGGCGGUCAAGAUUCCCAAGGCGUAAAGGGCUUAGAUGCGAUUAUCACUCCUUGCGGAGGUGGGGGUAUGUUAUCAGGUGUUGCGCUUUCGUGCGAGGGAACAGGAAUCCGCGUUUUUGGCGCGGAACCAGAGUUUCAGGGGGCGGAUGAUGGGCGUCGUGGGUUUGAACAGGGGAAGCGAAUUGAAAGCGUGAAGAGUCUCACGAUUGCGGAUGGAUUGCGUACCCCGGUGGGGAAGAUUCCGUGGAGUGUUAUUUUUGAGAGGGGGUUGGUGCAGGGGAUGUUUGCUGUGACGGAGGAACAGAUUCGGAAGGCGAUGCGGUUGGUGGUUGAGAGGAUGAAGGUUGUGGUCGAACCGAGUGCGUGUGUGGGGCUUGCGGCGGUGCUUUUUCAUGAGGGGUUUAGAACGUGGUUGGAGGGGGAGGGGGGGGAGAGCGGAUGCGAUGUUGGAGUUGUUUUUAGUGGGGGGAAUGUGGGGGUUGAGGCGUUGGGGAGGUUGUUUGGGGAGGGGGUUAAUGGGGAGGAGGGGGAGAGGGCGGAGGGGAAGUUGGGGAGUGAUGGUGUGAGGGUUGCGGAGAAUGUGGCGGGUUAGAUUUACAUUUAGAUUUCUUAGGGGAGGGGGUGGGGGUUGGAAAAAUUUUAUUGUUAUUGUUAUUAUUAGCAUCAUCAGGUGAUUCGCAUUUGGGCGUAGAUGCACUGCGGUGAAUUGUGAGUCGAUAUCAUAUAGGACAGGCAUAGUACAUACAUAUAUCGUAGAAGACGUUCUCCGGAAAUAAAAUCCCCUA